UUCUAAUAGAUACGCGAGGGACUAGCUGGCUCAGUUAUCUCCAAGUGAAAAAAAUCAAAUCAUUACAUUGAUUCCAGUGAUUUGUAUUGUAAGUCACUCUAUGUUUCCAGUACUACAUUGUUUGCAUCUCCACCUAACAAACAACAACCAACGUACUAAACUCUUUGAGUUCUGAUCCUCCAAACAACUCAUGGGUUUCGCUCUCGUCUUCCUACUCUACUCAUCUCUCUUCUUCCUUGGCUCCAAUGCAAGUGUUCCCAAAUCACUACAAUCUCGCUUCAGAUCACAAUUAUCUGAGUCCACACAUGAGAUUCCACCUACCACUUUCUUUGAAGUGACCAAACCCAUUGACUUGCCCCCCACAAAGCCUUGUUCACAGCUCAUUCUCAAACAUGAUUUUGGGUAUACAUAUGGCAAGCCUCCUGUUCUUGCUGAUUAUAAACCCCCCUUUUCGAAAUGCCCUUUUCAGCAUUUUGGAAAAAUUGUUCUGGAAUGGAAAGCUACUUGCAAGGGCAGGCAAUUUGACCGCAUUUUCGGGGUGUGGCUUGGAGGGGUUGAGCUUCUCAGGAGCUGCACCGCGGAGCCACGGAGCAAUGGGAUUGUUUGGAGUGUUAAGAAAGAUGUCACCAGGUAUUACUCAUUGCUUAUGACCAAUCAGACUCUUGCUGUUUAUUUGGGCAAUCUUGUUGAUAAUACUUAUACUGGGGUUUACCAUGUUGAGUUGAGUUUCCACUUUUAUCCUGCUAAGAAAGAGUUGUCGAAUGGGGGUGAUUUUGGUCAUGGCUAUGGUUCUAAUGCUGAUUUAAUCAUGCCCAUUUCGAGGAAUUUACCAUUGAAUGAUGGAUUGUGGUUUGAAGUAGUUAAUUCGACUGAUGUGCAGUCAAAGACGUUUAAUUUGCCCAAAAAUGCGUAUAAGGCUGUGUUGGAGGUUUACGUUUCACCUCAUGAAAAUGAUGAGUUUUGGUAUACCAAUUUACCCAAUGAGUACAUUGCUGAGAAUAACCUGACUAAUGUUCCGGGGAACGGGCCUUUUAGGGAAGUUCUGGUUAGUUUGGAUGGUAAGGUAAUUGGGGCGGUUUGGCCAUUUACAGUCGUAUACACUGGAGGAAUUAAUCCCCUUCUAUGGAGACCCAUUUCUGCAAUUGGAUCAUUUGAUCUCCCUUCCUAUGAUAUCGAGGUUACUCCGUCUCUAGGAACAUUGUUAGAUGGGAAGACUCAUGAGUUUGGUUUUAGUGUUACAAAUGCUUUAAAUGUGUGGUACAUUGACGCAAAUUUGCAUAUCUGGUUGGAUGCAAAGACUGAAAAAACUGAAGGCAAGGUAUUGAGAACGAGUACCUUGCCUUGUCAUGUUUCUUCUGUAUCAAAUUUUACCGGGUUCAAUGGGACUUUUUUGACAACGGUUAGUAGGCUAAUUAAGUCUACUGGAUGGGUGAAAUCAUCUUACGGGAAGAUAACAACUCAGGCAAUUCAACAGUUCAAUUACAGCAAUUUCAUGGAGAUGGGCGAUAAUGGGGAUUCACAAAUAGUGCAUCAGAGUAUUGAUUUUAAUGAUAAUGUCAUUGCGAAGUCAGGACCUUAUUUGGAUUCCUUAACUUCAUUAAAAAGGUUUCCCCUCUACUUGUACUCAAAUAAUGUUGACCAAGGAGAUGGAGCGUAUACAUCUGUAGCUAAUCUGUCACUGGGUUUCAAUGAGAAGAGAAUCAAGAAAUCUGAGCUUGGAUCAUCAGUUAGCUCUCUUGAAAAUUUGCAAGAAGGACAAUCUACUAUGCUUGUUAAGGGCAACCUGGUAGUCAGCGGUGUAGGAAGUACACAGCAGGCAUACAGCUUUAACAGCCACAACUCUUGCUAUUUCAGAAAUGUUAGCAGCUCAAAUUACACCAUCAUCUACGACAAAGAGAACAGUAAGUGCAGUAGAACGACACCGUCUCAUUGGGGUCUCGGCUUACACAUACGGUGGCAAAAUCCGGCUCGCAGGGCCUUUCUAUCAUCUCAUCCUUUAUAAUAAAAGGAACAGUUUUAAUAGUCCUUCUCCUUGAAUGUUUCUCGAAUUGCUUUAUGAUUUUGUAUUUUGGUCAAUAUUAAAUUCUAAUAAUGGUACAAGUGUACUAUACUUUGGCCAAUGUGAAAUGAUUUACAAGUUACAGUCA